AACCAUACACUUUAGCGAUUUAGCCUAGUCCUUUUUCUAUCUGUCUCUAGAAACAGAAUUUUUUUUUUUCUUGUCUAGAACAAAAAUAAGAAAAUUUCUCUCCUUCUAUCUCAUCAUGGACCCACCCCCACCUCAACCACCGUUCCCUCCACUCACCACCGCCAUGCCUGGUGACUUCUCAACCGUAAAUACAGCGACAGCAAGCAUAAGUUCAGCCGCCGGUCUCAGCGUCGAAGCUCCCAACAGCAACAAUCACAUAGCACAUGCAGCCAACGCCACCCCUACUGUGACCCAAUCCUUCAACCACCCACCAUAUGCUGAUAUGAUCUUUGCAGCGAUAACGGCGUUGAAGGAACGAGAGGGGUCGAGCAAGAGAGCAAUAGCUAAGUACAUAGAGAAAGCCCACACGGGAUUACCACCGACUCACUCAGCCUUGUUGACUCACCACCUGAAGCGGUUGAAGAGCAGUGGUCUUCUUGUGAUGGUGAAGAAAUCUUACAUGCUUCCUAGAUCUGAUGUCUCCAAUGAUACUCAAUCUCAAUCUCAGUCUGAGCCAAAUCCUGUUGCCGGCUCUGCUGCCUCUUCUGUCCCUGGGCCUAAGAGGGGUCGCGGCAGGCCUCCUAAGCCCAAAUCCAUUUCCAUUUCUCUUAUCGAUAGUAUUGCUGGUGCUGUACAGCCCAUUGAACAGCCCAGUAAUCUUGCAAAUGCUCCUCCGCCUAUGACGGUUCCUCUCGAUCUUUCUCUUUCCACACAACCCAAUGUGGCUCCUCCUCCCUCCAUUCAGCCCAGUGUAGCUGCUUAUCCAACCAAUGCUGCUGCUGCUUCUGCUCCUGUAGCUCAGCUUCAGGCUGACGCGGUUAAGAGUAGCCCUGGUCGUCCUAAGAACGUGGCCGGACAAGGUGCGCCAUUGGUGUCUAAGAGAGGGAGGCCGCCGAAGAUUGCGUCGAUGGGAGUUAAGAAAAGUCCGGGGAGACCCAAGAAGCCUAAGUCUGUGGCUGCUAAUGGGGUUAAGAAGGGUCCUAAACGCCUGCCUAAGUCUGUUGUUGUCCCUUAUGCUACGGGUGCUGCAGUUCUCAAUGUGCCAAGGCCAAGAGGUCGCCCCAAGAAAUCUCCGGUUCUAGCUGCUGCCGGUGGUGGUGGUGGUGGUGUUGUGGCAACAAAGAGACCAGGUCGGCCACCCAAGGUUGGUGGGGUCGUGAAGCCGAAGAAGCGCCCUGGAAGGCCUGUUGGCCGACCUAAGAAGAAUGCAUCUCACCAGCAAGCAGAAGCUUAUGGAGAUCUUAAGAGGAAAUUUGAAAUCUUUCAAUCAAGAGUGAAGCAAGCUGUUGGUGUGCUAAAGCCUCAGGUAACCAGUGAAACAGCAAAUAGCGCAGUUGUAGCAAUCCAAGAGUUAGAAGGCCUUGCAUCAAUGGACAUCAAUAUGCCAUUGAGGGAGGAAGCUCAACCACCGCAUGUCCAGAAUUAGGACGCGAAAGCAAUAGGAGCAAUUUAGUUGCAAUGUUAAAGGGGCUUCAUUGUCAGGAUCAAAGAAUUGUAAGAAGUUUUCUGACAUUGAUUGAUGAGCGAAAACAAAAAUUCUGUAAAGAGAAUCAAGGAUGACUAAUUGUUGUUGAUGUGAAGAAGAGGAUGUAGCUUGAUGUUUAAUCAGCUGUGGAUGUCCAUGGAUUCUGUUUUGCCUGUAGGGAAUGAAUUUAAUGCAUCUCAUUUCAUUGAGUUCAUUUAAACAAAAUUUGAUUUUCUUGAACAUGAGGAGCAACUCAUGUCUAA